AUGCUGGUUCUACGAGAGUCAGACGUGGCGCCGAUGCUGCAGGAGCUGACGCUGGAGGAGUGUCACCGUCUACUGCAGGCACUCUGGCGUAGUCUGGCAGCAUACUCGGCCAGUAACGCCAGCGAUGACAGCGAGGCCGGGAGCGUCCACCAGCCAAUGCGGGAGUCGAUACAGACGGCAGACGGCAGCACGACGCUGUUUAUGCCAGCGUCCGACACGACGACGACGACGGGCAUCAAGGUAGUCACUCUGCCUGGCGCCGGAGGACCCCCCGCGGGAGCCAUAGCCCUCUUCUGCCCCCAGAGUGGCCGGCUGGAGGGCGUCCUCAACGCCGAGAUGAUCACCGCGUUUCGCACGGCACUCGCUUCCAUGAUCCCGUUUCACCUUUUCCAGUUUCCCCAGACUCAGGGCGACCAGGGAAAUAAGUUGCUCGUUUUUGGUGCCGGCAAGCAGGCCGAGUGGCAUAUCCGUCUGGGACUGCUGCUUGCUCCCAGCCUCGCCUCCGUCACCAUCAUCAACAGAGGCCGUGGGGCGCUCGACAGACUGCGGGCCAGCCUGCGGGACGUUGCUGCUGUCCAUCCAGGUGUUUCUUUUGUUUACAUCUCCCGAGAAGAAGAAGAAGCAGAAGAAGAAGCAAAGUACGAAGGCCGGCUACGUGCUGCCGUCUCAGAAGCCGAUGCCAUCUUCUGCUGUACUCCAUCAACCGAGCCGCUCUUUCCUCACUCCUACCUUCAUAGCCAGCAAGACGGAGGAGGAGAAAUCUCCCAGGAGAAGAAACGGCGGUUCGUCUCCAUGAUAGGCUCGUUCCGCCCGCACAUGCAUGAAGUUGACACGGACACGUUGCUCUCGGGCCAGACGGUCCUCGUUGACUCCAGGCAAGCCUGUCUCGCUGAGGCGGGCGAACUCAUCGAUGCCGGGAUGCGGCCUGAGCAGCUUACCGAGAUUGGCGAGCUCUCCCCUGCCUCCACUCUCUUUGCUUCUUCGUGUUCCUCGAACGUCGUUUUCAAGUGUGUUGGCAUGGGGAUCAUGGAUCUUGCGGUUGGGAGGGAGCUGCUCUGCCUUGCCAGUGAGAGAGGAGUAGGUGUAUCCAUCCAAGGCUUCUAA